AUGGCCCCUAUCCCCCGGGCUGAUCUUGUCGAUAUGGACAAUCCUUCCUCCGAUGUGGGCGAUAGCCAGGAUUCUCCCCUGCGUCGCCACUUUUCUGAACCUUUCCGUGCUCGAUCUACUCCUACUCAAUUCUCUAACUCCCCUGAGCGCAAGCCACUGAUGCUCCAAUGCCACUGGUGCCGGGAGUACAUUGAGCUUCCAAAUGACGAGAGCCUCGAAGAAGAGGCGAUUCAAGCCCACCACCGCAAGAAACACCCUGAAAAACUCAAGGCUCAAAAGGGGUAUGACGAGGCUGAAGACGGCACCUAUGAUGAGCAUGAUGAGCUCAACCCCGACGAGGAAGACGGCGAAGAAGAUGACCAAGACGCCGAAAUCGAAGACGCCGAACUGGAAGGCGCCGAGUACGAAGAAGACGGCGAUGUCGACGCUGAAGUCGACGCCGAAGCCGCUGCCGAAGCUGAGGAAGCCGAGGCCGAGUUGGAGGCUGAUGGCCUCGAUGAUGUCACUGCUCUUGAGGAAGGCGAACCUAACGAGGCCGAAAUUGACGAGGAAGACCUGGCCGAGCCAGUGACUGCGGCUCCAUCUGUCGAUGGCAAUGACAGCGAUGCCACACCCGGACCCAAUACCGUCCAUGCCAAGAAGCUGUCCAUCAAGUUCACCACCGGUGCCAAGUCCAAGGAACCCAUCUCAGCACGACAGGAGGGACUGGACCGACUCAUCAACAAGCUAUCUAACCCCCGCAGCAACUUCCCCGAGGAAUACCGUCAGCGCGUCGCUGAAUGGCAAGGAGACGAAAUGGCGACUCGUCUACCCAAGAUCUGGACUCUCCACGAUGUGGAAGCCUUCUCCCCUGGCUAUGAACAGGAACGGGCCAAGGUUGAUACCACCUGGCAAUACGCAUUCCAUGGCUUCAAGUCCAAGAAGCGCGAAGCACCGGAGCCGCUGAUCCGCCCUGACCCUUACAAGAAGACUAAGGUCGACCGGGGUCAGUUCCUUGAGCUCAACCAACUCGAUGACCUCGUUGAGAUGUUGAAGAAGCCUGAUCAACUCUCAUAUGAAGAACUCUACACCGCCACCGAAGCCGCUGGCUUCGCGAUGAAGGUCUGGCAGAACGAAUACAACGCGCUCGACAAGCUCUACUUGCGGGCCCACCGCCACAUCCGGGCUCCCCUCACCGAGGAUACCAAGCGCGAGUUCCUGCAGGCGGCCAAGAGAAGGAGCGGCCAACCAAUGGGCCGAGUUCCAGAGCAUGAUCUUGACUUUGAGGACAAGAAGGAGGCCAUGCUGUACGGCUACCGCUACACUCCUCACCAGUCCAACACCGGCACCGCAGUCAGUCGCAUCCCCCAGAACCCAUUCGUCCAGGGCGGCUUUGUCCCAACCCCAGCACAGGGACGAAAGAUGGCUUCCAAGGUUCCACCGGGCGAGCGUAACCCAGAUAACUGGACGCCCGUUGUUCGUGACGGAGUUGAGCUAGUUCCCAAGUUGUGGGAGCCGCCACAGGCCCCUGUUCAGGCCAAGGUGACCCGCAAGCGCAAGGCGACGGCACUUGAGACCUCCUUGAAGACCGACACGGAGGAGACCCAGCAGGAAUCUCCUGAUGCAGACGAGACUGAGGAGGAAGCUCGCCCGCCAAAGCGUCGUGCCCGUGGAGGAGCCCGUGGUGCUCGCCGUACUGCCACCUUCGAGGCCUACCAGCCGGAGGAAGUUUCUACUGUUCCUGCUCCUCGUGGUCGGGGUCGCGGUCGGGGCCGUGGUCGUGGGCGUGGUCGGGGUCGUGGUGCCGCUCGUCACGUUGCCGAGGGUCGAGCAUCUGUUGAUGCAGCCCAGACGACGACGACCACCACCCAGACGACCAGUUCGGGGCGUGGGCGAGGGAGGCGGGGUGCGAGCACGGUUGUGAGCACCAACACAACCCCUCCAGUUGCUCCCCCUUCGGCGGCUUCGGCAGAGGAGUCCACAUCGUCAUUUCUGGACAUUUCGCCCAUGCCGGAGGCGUUGCCAGCCCCCUCUCACCUUGCCCCUCCCCCGGGAAGGCCUCCCACGGUUGAGGACCCGGAGGAAGCCCGCCGCCAAAAAAUCCUAAACUCGAAGAACCCAAAGCGCACCAAGGCAAUGCUGGACCAUUGGGAGCGGUUCAACCGCGAAGGUCGAAUCCGCAAUCCCAAGCGGUCCAAGGCGCAGAUCGAGUCGGAUAAGGCGGCCGACGAGACUCGGAAGACUAAGGACACUCCGGGUCGUCGUCGUGGCGGCUCAUCUCCGUUGGCUCCCCUCCCCGCAGGGAAUCUUGCCCCCAAAGCCCCCAUGGGAUUGGCGCCCAUGGUGGGUAUGCCGCCGUCUCUGGUGCCUGUGCCGGUGCCAGUUCCUGGCCCAACCCUGCCAUCGCUGAGCAUGUACGGUGGUCAUCACCCAUACGCUCCGCAGCAGCCUCCGGUGGCAGGGUUGGGUCAGCCAAUGCCACAAUUCGCACCAUUCCCGUACCCGGGGGGUAUGGGAUGGGGCAUAUGCCGGGGCCACCACCCCCCCGAGACCCUCAUCACCGAGGUGUCUAGUGGUGUGCCUUGCAUAGAUGAGGUGAGGUCUGCUCUGCUUGUCUUCGAGCAGAGUUGA